UUUUCCGUGUUUUCAGUUAAGCUCGAGAUGAAGUCUUGUCACCGUUUAAAACUCCGAAAAAGGGGCGUCCAAAAAUAAUAAAGAAAUUAGUGCACUUUUACUUUCAAUUACAAUCGGUUGAAUUGUGUAACCACGUCGCGUGCACACUCACACGGCUCAACGUUAUCACACACACUGCAUACCUCUCGGUUCGAUAUCAACCAGCUCAGCUGAACACUGAAAAAAUUAUUAUCAUAGUCAAAUACUUUCAAUACACAGGGUCGCAUGACACGGUUAACGCAAGUCGAACUCAACGACACCAAUCCGUUGCGCAUAUUAGAAACGCAAUGCAACGAUGCGAAUAGUGCGUUCAAUCUCGAUUUGACAUGGUGACCAAAUGUGGUACAUUUUGGUUAUCCAAAAUCUUAGCUUUUAAUUUGAUGGAAAAUUUAUCAUGUUCCAAACGAAAAUUGGCCAAAAAUUUGAAAAAACCCCAACUAAUUACGCAGCAGCAAUGUCAUCACAAUUUGAACAAGUGCGCGCUCGAUGUAUAAAAUGUCACGAGACACACGCACACACUUUGACAUAUGCCAAAGUAGACACAAUGUUUCUACGUGUAUGCAUCGUAAACUACACGAAAGCGACAGACACACAGAUCCAUACUAAAGCAGAUGAACAGUUUUAUGUGCGUGACAAAUACGAGCGAAACGAAAUCGCAUGAAAUAAGAAAAACACGGAAACUUUAUUUUUCCCACAUUGCUGAAAUAGUGAAUAUUUUGAAUAAGAACUCUUGGUGCGGAUUUUAGGUGAUUCCAUCAUGAGUGCACUGAUGAGGAUUUCUCAAGUUCUUAGCAAAAAUGCUAAGUCAAUGAUCAAUGCAAGUUCAGUCGGUGCCAAGAGUUUACAUUAUUCCUCUGGUCAACACAAUGCAAAAGUCUCUUCUGAUGCCAUUUCCAAUGAGUACAAAGUCGUUGACCAUGCUUUCGACGCCAUUGUCGUUGGUGCUGGUGGUGCAGGUUUGCGGGCUGCAUUCGGAUUAGUCGCUGAAGGCUUCAAAACUGCCGUAAUCACAAAAUUGUUCCCAACUCGUUCACAUACCAUUGCUGCUCAAGGCGGUAUCAAUGCCGCAUUGGGAAACAUGGAACCAGACGAUUGGAAAUUCCAUUGUUAUGACACAGUUAAAGGUUCAGAUUGGCUCGGUGAUCAGGAUGCCAUUCAUUAUAUGACACGUGAAGCGCCAAAGGCUGUCAUUGAGUUGGAGAACUAUGGUAUGCCAUUCUCACGAACCAAAGAAGGUAAAAUCUAUCAACGUGCCUUCGGUGGUCAGAGUUAUAACUAUGGCAAAGGAGGACAAGCGCAUAGAUGUUGUGCCGUCGCUGACAGAACUGGACAUUCACUGUUGCACACAUUGUAUGGCCAGUCAUUGAACUAUGACUGCCACUAUUUCAUCGAAUAUUUCGCACUUGAUUUGCUUAUGGAAAAUGGAAAAUGCGUCGGUGUCAUUGCCAUUUGCCUUGAAGACGGCUCUAUUCAUCGAUUCCGUGCAAACAGCACAGUUUUGGCGACGGGUGGUUACGGUCGUGCAUACUUUUCAUGUACAUCGGCUCACACUUGCACCGGUGACGGAACAGCAAUGGUUGCCCGACAAAAUUUACCAUGCGAAGAUCUUGAAUUCGUGCAAUUCCAUCCGACGGGUAUUUAUGGUGCUGGAUGUUUGAUUACAGAAGGUUGUCGCGGUGAAGGUGGUUACUUGGUCAAUGCUAAAGGUGAACGUUUUAUGGAGCGAUACGCCCCGGUUGCCAAAGAUUUGGCAUCUCGUGAUGUUGUCUCACGUUCGAUGACAAUGGAAAUCCGAGAGGGACGUGGUGUUGGACCACUCGAAGAUCACGUUUUCUUGCAAUUGCAUCAUUUACCACCCGAGCAAUUGGCAAUGCGUUUGCCAGGUAUUUCGGAAACGGCCAUGAUCUUUGCCGGCGUUGAUGUGACCCGUGAACCAAUCCCCGUUAUACCCACCGUACAUUAUAAUAUGGGAGGCGUUCCAACGAAUUGGCGAGGCGAAUGCUUAACCAUCGAUCAAAAUGGUAACGAUAACGUUGUUGAGGGAUUGUAUGCAGCUGGAGAAGCAGGUUGUUCAUCGGUGCAUGGUGCCAAUCGAUUGGGUGCCAAUUCAUUGUUGGAUUUGGUUGUGUUUGGCCGUGGAUGCGCUAAAACAAUUGCAGCUAAACAUAAGCCAGGAGAAAAAGUACCUGAGUUACCGGAUAGUGCUGGUGAAUCGUCCGUAGCCAAUUUAGAUUAUUUAUUGCACAAAAAUGGCACGGUUUCAACGGCUGAUCUUCGUUUGAGAAUGCAACGCACGAUGCAAAAUCAUGCAGCUGUAUUCCGUGAUGGCCCUGUACUUAAAGAAGGUUGCGAGAAAAUGUCCGAAAUCUACAAAGAAUUCGCCGAUAUUAAAGUUACCGAUAAAUCUCUUGUUUGGAAUUCAGAUUUGAUUGAAACAUUAGAGUUGCAAAAUCUGUUGCAAAAUGCUCUGAUGACCAUUUAUGGUGCCGAAAAUCGUAAGGAAUCUCGUGGUGCUCACGCUCGCGAAGACUACAAAACUCGUAUCGAUGAAUACGAUUAUUCGAAACCAAUUGAAGGACAACAGAAGAAAUCAAUCGACGAACACUGGCGCAAACACACUCUGCUUUGGAUCAACGAAUCUGGAGAUGUUAGCAUUAAAUAUAGACUAGUUAUCGAUAAGACACUCGACGAAGAAAUGCACACGGUGCCACCAGCCAUUCGUUCCUACUAAAGCAAUUUUUUGUUUUUAUUUAUCAACAAUAACAACAACAGCAACAACAACAACACAAAUGAGUCAAAAUUUUUGCCGCAAAUGUUCUUUCGAUUCUUUUUUCCGUUCAAUGAUAUUGUGUUUUUUUGCCGAUGGAUAUUAAAUUCAACAUCACACGUUUACCUGCGAUCCACUGACCGUUCAGUUUACGAACAUAAAAAUAAAACAGUCCAAUAAAUAGAUAAAUUCGUUUCCAGCUGUGUAUAAAAGAACAUUUAAACUGAUACAACCAAAUUGUUUGCUGUCAAAUCCUGUCUCACUCACACCAACCGUCACACUGACUCGUUCGUGUACGAAUUGCUGUUAGCGUAAAAGAGAUGUUGUUCGCAGUAAACUCAGUUUAGAUGUUCUUUGUUUUUCUUCAUGAUUUCCAACACAAAAUACCUCCUACAAUCUUGAUAGCUGAGCAGAAAUGAAACGAAUCGCAAAAACAAGUUCACAUUUGAUUUUAUGUAAUUUUCGAUUAAUUUUUAAUACAAUUUUUUCUCUAGAACACGAA